AUAGUGUUUUCAGCUUUUCGCCGUAUGUAAAAAGGGAUGAAGCUCUGGUGAACAGAAGAUUUGUUGGAGGUUUUCCAUGAUCUUUCCUUCACAGCUCAACAUUCGGGGAUAAUUUGGGGGCGAAACUGCAGAUUGAUGGAGCUUUUUUAGAAAUCAGUCUUGAGGAGCGAGGACUGAUUUGACACACCUAAGGAUAUCUUUUCUUUACAGAUUCAGCAUUGUGACAAUGCCUGUGAUUGUACUGGAGGCCAGAGACUUCACCAGUCCCCUUUUCUUGGUGCGGACAUUGGAAGUCUUAUCUGGCUGUACCACCUUCAGCCUCGUGGCCUCACUGGAACCUUCACACUUAAAUCAAUCUAACAUCCAACUCCGCAACACCUUUUGGACCUUCUGCAUGUUUACCUGGUGCUUCUUCUUCACCCUCACACUCUUUAUCCACAUUCUCAGCAUCAUCCAGUUUCACAGCCUCAUCCGAAUAUCCUGGAAGAACCUGACGAUGACGGCGGCAGUCUUAGGCGCGCUGAUGAGUCUCAGUGCCUCAGUGGUUUUCCCUUGGCUCGUCAUGGAUCACGGAGGAGUGUCGUCUCGCUCUGUGGCGGCUGCUGUGGCCUCCUUUUUCACCUUCCUGGCCUACACCACCGAGUCCUACAUCCUGCGCACCCAAGCCCAGGAACAAAGAGGCUACAUGGGGAGCAUGCCGGGCCUCCUCAAGAUCCUCCAGCUCUGGGGAGGCUGUUAUAUAAUCCCCCUGGUCAUGGAGAUGGUCUCUAGACCGCCUGGUGGUGUGCACAGUUGGCAGAUGUGGGUUUCUGGUGUGUCAUACGGCGUCUGUGCUCUCAUGUCUCUCAUCACAGCCGUGGUGAUAUUAGGAGACUUUGCUGGGCGGUGUUUUCUACCUUUUGACAGAUUUCUGGCUGUCUUCAGUCUGAUUGGGGUGUUGCUCUACAUGGUGGCCACAAUGAUUUGUUUGACCAAGAUCCUGCAGCUGAGGGACCUCGGACAGAGUGACACCAACAAAGAUGCAGAACUGGUUAUCAUGGAAACAGUGGUGGCCAGUAUUACACUGUUGGCUUAUACAGUCGACCUGGCCUUCUCCAUUAAACUGCUGUGUGACAGGAGUCACACCUGAGAAAGUACAUUGAAUGUAUUGCAUGUGAAGUUCAUCAUGCAGAGUCCUAAAAGUUUGUGAGAAAAAUCAUGUCUUUGUCAAAUUUGCGUGUAAAAAUCAAACUGAGUGAAUGUUUUUGCUGUUAAUUACUGCUGUGUAAUCAAACUCUAUAUGUAGACCUAUGAAGUGCUAACUAUAAAGACUAUACAUAGCUACAUACUAUACAGAAAAAAAAACUUCAGACCUCCUGAAAUUAUGGAACAGAUCACUAUCAGAUCACACUUUAUUCUUUUGAUGAGUUCUGCAAGCUGGUUUGGUUUGAGUCACAUUUAUACUGCACAGUGGUGGAAUGUAACUAAAUAGAUUUGCUCAAGCACUGCACAAAAUUACAAAUCUGAAGUAACUGUA